CAUCAAAAAGAAUUAAUUCACAAAGAUUUACAUCCAGGAAAUAUUUUAAAGAAAGCGAAUAAAUUUAUGAUAACUGACCUCGGAUUAUGUCAACCCGCUUACAUUAAACCUAAAAAGGAUGGCGUAUACGGAGUUACACCAUAUUUGGCACCAGAACAUUUACGUGGUAGUCCUCGUUAUACUACUGCGUCUGAUAUCUACGCAUUGGGUAUAAUAAUGUUUGAAAUUAUUUCUGAACGAGAUCCAUACUCAUGUGAUUCUUUACUUGCUUUAAGAAUAUGUGAAGGUCUUAGACCUAAAUUCAAUAUUAAAGUACCACAAUUACUUAUAAAAAUGAUUAAACAAUGUUUAAAUGCAAACUAUUUGGAAAGACCCGUAAUUACUGAAUUAGAGGAAACCUUUGGCAAAUGGUGUACGGAAAUUCAAAAUAAAGAGGAUACGGAAAUCAAUUUACAAAUUAAAGAGGCAGAAGAUCAUAAUAAAAAUUUAUCUCUUACAUCAACUGUAAAAAUUUAUAUUAAUUCUAAUUCACGAGCGUUUUAUUCAACUGGCUAUAUAGAUUUUCAACCAAGGAAUGCCGAUAAUUUUGACGAUGAUGAUUUUUUUUACGAAUCUUCUACAAUAAGUAGCGUGAAAUCCGAAGCACUUGAUUGUAAAAUUAUCUCUGAUGAAGUAAAUUCUGUUGAUUUGUAAAUUACUAAUUAAAAAUGUUAAAAUUUGAAAAAAUUAUCUAAUUAUUUUAUUUUAGGUUUAAAAAUAUAUUUAUUUAUUUAUUUAUUAUUUUAGGAUUAGGAAUUUAUUGUAAAAAAAAAAAAAUUACGCGCGGGCGCGUUGUACUUGUAAAAAAAAAAAAAAAUAAUAAAGAAUUUUGUAUUUAUGUAACUUUCAUUUUAAGACUACUAUUUAAACUCCGUGAAUUAAGUGAUUAUAAUUACAGUAGGACAAAAUUGAAUUUCUUCAUAUUUUUCAAUUUUCGUUACCAGUUUCCCGCGAUCAAAAUUUAUACUGCUCGAGAAAGAUUUUCA